AUGCCUGAUGACUCUACGGAGAACCAGAGCUCAACCCCAGCCAGGGUGUCCUCCUUCUUCAUCGAGAACCUUCUGGGCACCGAGGCUAAAGGAGACAAGAAGAAGAAGGCAGCUAGCCUAGAGGAUGAGCCAAGCAUGCGGCCAGUAGGCAGCCAUUUCACCACCGUGUGCUGCCAACUCUCCCCAUACAACUACAGCACCCAGGGCAGCUACCCUCUGAGAGAGAACACCAUGGAGUGGUACAGGAAGGCACAGGCCACCUACAUAGGAUGCACCAGUCCGGAAACCAGUGACAGAGAUUCUCCAGAGAUCUCAGAGGGUUCAGAGAGACAUUGCAGGACCUACAGAAAACAGCACAGUGAUGGCUCAGAAGACAAGAAAGAGGAAGACUUCCAGUGUAAAGAAGAGGAGAAACUGGAGCAGGACUUAGACCAGAAAUCCUCCAGAAAGAAGAAAACCCGCACCGUCUUCAGCAGGAGUCAGGUCUUCCAGCUGGAGUCCACCUUUGAUGUGAAGAGGUAUCUGAGCAGCUCAGAGAGAGCAGGUCUGGCAGCCUCCCUGCACCUCACAGAGACCCAGGUCAAAAUCUGGUUCCAGAACCGCAGGAAUAAAUGGAAAAGACAACUUGCUGCAGACCUGGAGGCUGCCAACAUGUCCCACACAACCCAAAGGAUAGUAAGGGUCCCUAUAUUGUACCAUGAGAACUCUCCUGCCAGCUCCUUGGGCUUCAGCCUACCACACAUCUCUCCCCCAUUGGUGGGCUUCUCCAGUGCUGUCAACUACCCCCUUGCCACUUUCCCCAACUCAGUGCCCUAUAUAAGAUCUCAGAUGACUGGACUGGUCUGACUGACAUCUACUAAAGACUAAUGGACUUUUUAACUCUAUUUUGUA